AUUGGCAACGCUGAUUCAGAGGGGUAGUACAGACAGCACUGUGCUGCAACCAACGUCACAAGUACCAGAGGAGCAAUGGACACGGUCGAAGCUUUAAGAAAUCUGGUGUCCUUUGCUUUUGAUAUUCAUCGCGUGUGUCAUUUAAUUGCUGCCUUCUGUCUGGUAAACUUGGUGCUGAAAGUAACAAAGCUGUUUAUUAGUAGAAAACAAUCGAUCAAAGCAUUGGAGGCUUUUCCAGGACCGCCACGACACUGGCUCUAUGGGCAUGAACAUGAGUUUCAUCAAGAUGGGACAGAUUUUGACAAGUACAUCAGCUGGGCAAAACAGUAUCCCUACUGUGUCCCUUUCUGGUUUGGGCCUUUUGUGUCAGUCCUGGACAUCAACCAUCCAGAUUAUGUUAAAACCAUCCUAGCAACUACGGAACCAAAAGAUGAUAUUUCAUAUACAUUUCUUAUUCCUUGGAUCGGAAAUGGUUUGCUGGUGGCAGAUGGUCAGAAAUGGUUUCGGCAUAGGAGACUUUUGACGCCCGGAUUCCAUUACGAUGUUUUAAAACCAUAUGUGAAACUGGUAGCAGAUGCUUCAAACAUUAUGUUGGAUAAAUGGGAAAAACUUGCUGGGAAGGAGGAGUCUAUGGAAGUUUACCAGCACAUUAGCCUGAUGACCCUUGAUAGUAUAAUGAAGUGUGCUUUCAGUUACCAUAGCAACUGCCAGAUUGAGAGGUCAUCGCCAUGUUUAAAUUCUUACAUCGGCGCUGUGUAUGAACUUUGUGAUCUCACAAAUACCAGGUUUUGGUAUUUUCCUUAUCACAUUGACAUUAUUUUCCAUCUUAGUCCACAUGGUUAUAGAUUUCGGAAAGCAUGCAAGGUAGCACGUGGUCACACAGAACAAGUAAUAAAACAAAGAAAAGAAACUCUACAGGACGAAAAAGAACUUUUAAAAAUUCAGAAGAAGAGGUAUUUAGACUUCUUGGAUAUCCUGCUGUGUGCAAGGGAUGAACAUGACAAAGGGCUUUCUGAUGAAGACAUUCGGGCAGAAGUAGAUACAUUCAUGUUUGAGGGACAUGAUACUACUGCCAGUGGUAUUUCCUGGAUAUUGUACAACCUGGCUGCCAAUCCAGAACACCAGCAGAAAUGUAGGGAUGAAGUACAGGCCGUGCUAGCAGGAAAGGACACCAUGGACUGGGAAGAUCUCAGUAAAAUUCCUUACACUACAAUGUGCAUAAAGGAGUCUCUUCGUCUCAGCCCCCCAGUACCUGGAAUAUCUCGGAAACUGACAAAACCAUUGACAUUCUGUGAUGGAAAAACGCUGCCUGAAGGCUCUCUAGUUGGAAUCAACAUCUACUGUAUCCACAGAUGUCCAAGUAUUUGGGAAAAUCCAGAGGUUUUUGACCCAUUGAGGUUUUCAUCUGAGAACUCGGCCAAAAGACACCCAUAUGCUUUUAUACCCUUCUCUGCUGGCCCAAGGAACUGCAUUGGACAAACCUUUGCCAUGAAUGAAAUGAAAGUGGCAGUCGCAAUGAUACUGAAUCGAUUUGAACUGGCUGCAGACCCGUCCAGAAUACCAAAGAAGAUCAGUAAACUGGUCCUCAAGUCACUGAAUGGAAUACAUCUAAAGAUAAAAAAGAUUGAAUAAAGAUGCAAGACUUGGUUGCAUGAUUUGGCAGUAAUGUAAGCACAGGAACCACGGAAAAUCCAGCAGGCCGAAAUGAGACACUAAUUUCAUGAUGCUCUUCUAAGAUCUGCACAAACAAUACAUUAAACAGGGAUCAGUAGCAGGUCCACAAUAUAACAAUGUUCACCAACGUGUCCACCAAAUGGCUCCAGAAUAAAGACACUGUAAUUCUUCUCUGUUUGCACCUCCAUUAGCUACUGUACAAAUGUGUCAAAUGUGCAGUUUUGUUCUAACAAACAUUUGAAAACGCAAUGGACAGGGUUUUCCAGCCAUGCUCUCCUCCAUACAGCACAUGGUGCCCAGCUCUACAGCGUCAGUAGACAGACACAGCGGCGCACGGUACACGGUGCACAUAGUGCUCUUGGUGCGUGUGGUUGGUACACAUGGUGCACACGGUUCUCACGGUGCUUGGCCACUGCUACAGAGCUAGUGCAAGAGCGCACAAUGUUGCAUGGUACUUGGUGCGCAUGGUGCUCAGUGCACACGAUGCACAUGGUGCUUGACACCCACUGCUAAACGCUACUGCAAGAACGCAUGGUGCCGCACAGUAUGCGGUGCACGUAGUGCUAUAGUACUUGGUGUGUAUGGUGCUCAAUGCACAUAGUGCACACGAUACAUGGUACAAUCAGUCCCUGAUAAGCACGAUGCUUGGUACAACCGGUGCACGCGGUGCUCAAUGCACGUGGUGAGCAGGGUGCUCGGUACAUUGCACAUCAGUGCUUAAGUGACUGGUGCAAGUGAUGAGCAAGGCAAACGGUGCCCUGGUUUCUUAGUGCACUCUGUGUGCACCUGACUAGAUGCGUAGUACCCCUGUGCUUCAGUGUACAUAGUGCUCAGUGCACCUGGUGCCCCCGGUGCUUUGUUCACUUGUCACGCACGACACGUGGCGCUUAGUGCUCCAGUGCUUGGUAUAAACAGUGCUCAGAGCACCGUCCGUGCCUGGUGCUUAUUGCACACGGUACUAAGUAAGGACGCUCAGUACACCCGGUACGCCUGGUAUUUAAUACACUCAGUGUGCACAGUGCUACGCUAGGGUUCCCGGUCCACUUUGUGCCCGGUACCCUCGGCGCUCACAGCUCCAGCGAGCUAGUCCUGGCAGUGUGCAUGGUGCUUGUCACUAGGUGCGCACACAGCCAAUUGAGCACAGCACUCCAGUGCUUGCUGCACUUGGGACGCACUCGGUCCAGUUGACGAGCGUAGCUCCAGUGCACGCACAACAUUAACAAGCACCAUGUCGAGCAUCCUUUGGUUCCACUCCUGCAUAAUGUGAGGUGUGAACCUGCCACUCCAGGACAAGCAUUUGCUCUGUGUGCAGUGCUUGGGAGUCCAACAUGCCCAGGAAGCUAUGGGCAGAGAGGAUUUUUGCAACCUAUGCGCAGCGCCUCAGCCCAAAAUACGUUGCCUUAGGCUCAACAGGGCCAUGGCGUUAGACGCUGAGUCUCCCAUUGUCGAGCCAUCAGCAGCACUAGGGGCCCCACCUCUGCUCCUUCAGCUCUCGCAGAGCCCCUCACAGGAGAUUCCCUGCACUCAGGCUCCUGCGCCUAGACCUCUCAGCCACUCCCCCCCCCCCCCCCCCCCCCAGGUGAGAAGGGUGAAGUGGUCGACACAAGUGAGGGACAUUAUUUACUUGAAGGAGCAGAUGACACAGGUCCUUGCACUUCUGUCUAGGCAGUAAGUUCCUGCUACCUGCACCAGCCCUGGCCACUGAGCCUCCCACGGGAGCCUGAGUCGAACCUGAAUCACAGCCAUUGAUGGCGGAGGACAGGCUAUCGUUAUUGGCCUCCUGAGAUGACUCUUUCCCCACUGAGAUGGAGAAAGAAGGGGAACCAGCACCAUUGACCUUGACAAAACCUAGCUCAGAGGUUUCCUCUGAGUCUAGUUUACCACCAUUGCCCAGCUCUAUGCCGGUUAACUCCACCAUCGCAGCCUUAGUUAAGGCUCUGCCGGUGAGUGGAUUGCCCAGAGGCCCCAUGAGCCUUAACCCUCAAUGUAGGGUUAUGGAGACACACCUAAAGAGGGCUUAUGCAGCGGAAGUGCAGGCGACUCAAGGGCAAGCCCUUAACUCCCCCGUCAGCCAGUAGCUCCCCUGUGUCCGCCUUCAUUGCCCAUUCCUGCAGCCUUUCAGCCAGCCAUGUCUGGUACAGGACUAGUAUAGCCAUUGCAUUGGCUGCUCUGGCUGACAGUGCCGCUGAUGCAUACGCCUUCUUCAGCAUGGCGUCAGUUGUUCUGCACAGCUUGGACCCGAGGGUCGGGUCUCUGUCCCCUCUGGUGAAGGUAAAAACCCUGCACCAGUACUGUGACUGUGUCCCUGAUGGUGGGGAAUGUGCCUAGGCCCGCUUCUUGGGCUCCUGCAGUGUGUAGCAGGGCCUUUGCUGUUCUGGAGGCUGAGGGAGCGGACCCUGGGUUGCUCCAGAAUGAGUGAACCAGCUCGAGAAAAUCCUGGUACAAGGGGAGAGAAUGCUGUGGGUGCCCUUUUUGCUUCAAGAAGCGGUUCCCAUUUAUUCCCAUGAAUUAUUAUUGUUGUUGUUAUGAUUAAUAUUAAUAAUUACGUAUGGAAUUAUUUGGGGUGGUAUGCAUAUAUUGUCAGCCUUUAACUUGAUAAUUAUAAUUUGCUUCUGGCUCGUACUACUGUGCUGCCUGAGACACUGCUGUGGAGUGUCCGGCGUAGGAUUCUAUUAUACUGCGUGAGUGUCCUGCACAGGAUUCUAUUGUACUGCGUGGGUGUCCUGCAUAGGAUUCUAUUAUACUGUGUGAGUGUCCUUCAUAGGAUUCUAUUAUACUGCGUAAGUGUCCUGUACUGCAUACAUCAUGGUUAAUUAUAAUUCAAGAACAAUCCCCCAAAUGCCUUUUAAAAUACUGAAAUAUAAAACCAUUAAAAACACACACACAUACUUUAUAAAUGUGUUGAAAUAAAAACAAACUAACAUUAAAUCCAACGUUAAUAAAUCAAAAUGUGCCGAAAUAAAGUGACGUGGGUCAUGUACAUGUGUUGCUUGCAUUGUAUUAGAAAUCCAAAUCAGAGCAACCAGAAAUUGGACCAGUAAGAUACUAAUGUCAUUUUAUGUCAUCUCUAACUUUGAAAGCUAAAUAAUACAGUUUAACUAUGUCAUGUAAGCAUGCCUUUUCCUGUAAUUUGUCUAGUUAAUUACAAUGACUUCACAAGUAUUACAAUAAGGUAGCCUAUUUCUUUACAUCUUUAUUAUGUGCUCUAACUUAUGUACUUUAAGAUUGUAAUUUCUUUUUAAUGUGGUUCGUGAAAAUAUUACCAAUAUCAACCAUAAAGUUACGAAUAAACUCAAUAGCGCCUUUUUGCGUUUUCAAAACAAUCUGACUUUCUAAACUGUGCAGCAGAAAACAAAAACUGUCCUUAUUGUAAAGUUUCACGGAGUGCUACAAGACAACAUUUAUUGCAAAAGCAUUGGAAAUUUUCCAUCGCUUUCCAGCAAGAUAGCAAGAUAUUUCAGUUUUUUUUUUAUUUUUCUUAAAAAUAUUUCCCAACAUAAAACCAAUGUCACCUUAC